UUUAGUUUUUUCAGGUUAUCUUUUCUUUAUUUUUUAUUCUUUUUAUUAUAAUUAUUCAUUGGUAUAAAUUCAAUUCGCUUUUCCUGAUGAUUUCUCAUCAUUGCCAUUUCUACACGUGUGAGUUCGUCCGUAAGUCUUCAUGCGCUAUUAGAUGAAGUAGGGAAUUGCUUCAGUUCACUGUUUUAAACGGUUUUGUUGGUAAUAUAAAGAAAGAACAAGUAGAAAAUGGUGCUUGUUAAGUUUAAGCGCGAAAAAACAUCGAUUUUUGUGGAACUUGCAAACAAUGAGACACUCAAGACGGCCGUAGAAGAGUUGCGAGCUAUCUUGAAAGUGAAUGAUGACAAUGCAAUGAAAAUUGGAACUUUGCAGAAUGGUGACUAUGUCACUGUAGAACCAAGCGCUUGGUCCAAAAUUGUAGUCUCUGAAAAUACAGAUUACGCUUUUGCGAAUGAAGGCGACGAAUUCCUAGUUCAACAACCAUCGGAUGAAGAUGACAUGGAGCCUGAAACCUAACAACCAAAACGAGAGACAAACUAACUGUUUGUCCUAGUCACCAAAGCAGGUUCUGUUGAUGUAAAUUUAUGUUGUUUUUUGGCAGCACCACUGCAAGUUUAUCUACCAUAUCCAUAGGGUGAAAGCUGAUGCAAACGAGACGACAAUCGUAGCCUUGUAUGAAUUCUGUUUUCCAGGUAGACGACACAUUGUUAUUGUUAUUGUUGGAUUACCGAGAUAUUAUUCCAUUUCAAAAAGGUGCUAGUACCUUUCUAUGUGGUUCUACACACCUCUACUGUACAUAGACUUCCAGUUAAUAAGAAUUGAGUACUUUUUCACGAUUGCUUGCAUGUCAUGUAGACACACGCAUUGCAAAUCCACAAAUAGUAUAUUGAAUUCAUGAUUCUUUCAAUUUUUCUUUUCUUUUCUC